AUGCGUCUGCACCCCAAAGACGAGCCUCUGCUGGACGAAACGAUGGAGCUGCCUUCGUUGUCCGUAGCUCCUGGGCCUCCACAUCCUCGAGGAGGACGCGGCAGCUUCUCGAGCAGCUACAGUAGUGGAUUCACAGGCACCGACAGCUUAGUUAGCUUCAACAGCAGUCAACUCUUCGAUGACAGCGACGAUCACGAGGUAGACGUCGAUGCUAUGGACUCGAACUCGAGUCGAGGGGACUACGCGCUGCUGUCGAUGCCCGUCGAGUCCAUGAAGCGCAUGAUACCGACUACAGGCGUCGUCACUCGACCGUCCAAUCGAACGUUAGAUGCCACGUGGAAUGCGCAAGACUGCAGCUUGCAUCGCGCGACAGCCAUCGCCGAUGCCCUUCGAGAACUUCGAGAAGGUCGCGUGGCUGUAGAAGAAAGAGAAGAAGAGCGCGAGCCAAACUCCGUAUCGCUACGACAGCUCGUGACUCGAUUAUCUACACGUCGAGGCCUGUUCGUGAUGACUAUGGGCCUUUUGGCUGCAAUGAUGCACGGCACGUUGUGGGCGUUGCUAGCGAGACAAGUGCAGUCUUGUUUAAACGCUUUUACUCCGUAUAAUCGUCACGAUGUGGACUUCGCAGCCCUAACGUUGAUGCUCUUGUCGCUAGCACUGGGUAUCACUGCGUAUGCUGCUCACUUGUGUCUCUCUCACUACUCUGAGAGGCUUUUAAGAGCGCUGAGAGAGCAAGUGCUGCGGCAUCUUCUACUAGAGCAGAGUCAGUCGUGGUUUGACUCCAACAAGGCUGUCGUUGCAGAUUUCGGCGCUGAAUUCACUCGAGACGCGCUGAUUAUUCGCCAAGGACUGGGGCCGGAGCUAGGAGAGGUCUGUAGGUUCUCUCUACAGUUCGUUGGAGGCUUCAUCGUGGCGUUUAUGGCGCUCUGGGACUUGACACUCGCCGUCUCUUGUGUAACGCCACUGGUCGUUUGUGUCAUUUCGGUGUUUAAACGAAGUAAAAACAAAACGGAUAGCGACGCGGACGCUGUCGCAGCUGAAGCAGUGGGCAACAUCCAGACGCUAUUGGCGCUAAAUGCGCAGCGUCGAGCCCGUGAGAAGCACGCGCUUCGUGUUCGGAUCGCAGAGAAGCAGCGCAUUCUCGUGCAUGGCAGAAGUGCUGCUCUACACGCCUCGUUGACUGGAACGCUGUGGGCGAUGAGCGCUAUCGGUCUGUGGUACGGCGGGAAGAAAGUGUACGACGAUGAAGCAGAACCAGGAGAAAUAGUCGCGACACUUCUCGGCGUGAUCAUCGGAAGUCACGCAUUGGGAAACGUAAUCCCAAGCGUUUCAGCAGUCAUUCGGGCGAAACAGGCGGCAUCUCAGCUGUUUUUACAUAUGGGUACACCGUUAAAACGUCAUAACAGCGUGAUGAACCCAUUACCGCGACCUGCUGUGUGUUCCGGUGCAAUAAUGGCAGUUGAUGUGCAUUUCUCGUACCCGAGACGACCCGAUUUCCACGUGUUAAGAGGUUGCAAUAUCUCGGUCCUAGCUGGGGAAUGUCUAGCCAUCGUUGGCGACUGUGGAGCUGGCAAAUCGACGCUGUUGAUGCUGCUUAUGCGCCUUUACGAACCGUCCCAAGGUCUCAUCUUGCUGGAUGGACGCGAGGCUAACGCGUUGGACUCCACGUGGAUGCGCGCUCAGUUCGGCCUGGUGCCUCAGCAUGUGACGCUGUUCCGAGCCUCCCUCUUAGAUAAUAUCGCCAUGGGGCUAGUAGCUCUGCGUGAUCUGACUGGACGAAACUCGGACCGCAUCCAGGAGCGCGUGAUCAACGCAGCGCAACGCGCAGACGUCCACGACUUCAUUUUGUCGCUACCAGAUGGCUACAACACGCGCGUAGGCGAAGAAGGUGCCGUAAAGCUCACGGCACAGCAGAAACAACGCGUCGCUCUGGCUCGAGCAUUGAUACGAGAGCCAAAGUUACUGCUACUGGACGAGGUUACACUCAGUCCGCAAGAGUUACUGUCGCGAUUCGGCGGAGCUGUGGGUGCUGGGAGUACCACGAUGCUCUUGUGUACCAGUCAGGUGCGAGCUGCAGCGGUACAGUUCGCAGACAAGCUCGUGGUGCUUGAACGGGGCAAAGUUAUGGAGCAGGGGACACAUGUGGAAUUGUUACAGCUUAGAAACAGUUUCUAUCGCCGUCUCCAUCUCCUCCAACAGAGUCCCGUAAGAGAGCAAUUUUUGACCAAUCAGCCGCCACAAAGACUUCAACAUGUAUCCAAAUCCUCACCCACGUCACCCACGAAGCUCACGGAGCGAGACAUCAAAGCGUUGGCGCGUCCGGAGCGCAAGUUGUUGGCGUUCGGACUCGCUGCUUCGGCUCUUGUCGGUCUUGGUGGGCCACUAUUGGGAGUAUUAACCAGUCAGGUGGUGGCGGACAUGGCUCAGCACGACACGACGAUUGUCGAGACUUCAGACUUGGUCCAGGAACUGCGUCCUCUUGUCUUGAGCCACGGACUCUUGUUGACUGCAGGGGCAGCAGCUGUGGUGAUGUGCCAGAGCAUCCAACUGCUGUGUUUGGACGCUGCAGCGGAGCGUGUGGCUUCUCAUCUUCAAGACGUUCACUUCACGUCGCUUCUAGCUCAACCGCUGCCUUUCUUUGACCAGUACAACACGAAAGAAUUAGUCGACUCUCUUGCUACACAGGCGGCUACUGCGUCACUGGCAGUGGGUCGCGUGCAAGGGUACAAGGUCCAGAUACUCUCGACCUUGACAGCCACGUUCGUCGUCGCCUUCUGGAGCGGGAGCUGGAUGCUCUCGCUCGUGUUACUAGCAGCUCUGCCACUGCUGCUAAUCGGCCAUUCCAUCCACAACCAACGCAGUUUCACCCCCUUAGAGACGCACAAUGCGACCGACGAGGCGGUGGAGAUCCACGUGAACGAAGCUCUGCGCAAUCGUCGCGCUGUGGUGACGCUGGGACUCGAGAGCUCGUGGUGUUCCAGCUUUGACGCGCUGCUCCAACGCCCUCUACAGAGUAUCAGACGUCAGACGCAUCUCGAAGCGGUGGGACGUGGCUUUAGUGCGGUGGUCACAGUAGCGACCUGUGCUUUAUCCUGCUGGUUAGGGGGCGUGCUAGUGCACUACGGUGACGCUAGUUUCCGACAACUAGUGACGUCGCUACUCGUUGUGAUCGUGUCUGCUGCGUCUCUGGGGCUUCCUGUGGCCUGGCUAACCAGAACCGACAGAGCGCUGCAAGCUGGCGCCACUAUCUUCGCUCUCCGAGACGCAGCCAUCGUCGCUCGUGGAUGCAACGAAGCUGCGGCUCUAGACGGAGAGCGUCACCCGAUUCCUCAGACUCCCAUGGCGAGAGGAAGUGUCUCGUUCGAGAUGGUCCGUUUCUCGUACGCCAAUCAGCCUCGUUCGAUGGUUCUCGAUGGUCUUUCACUGCAUGUGGCAGCUGGACAAACUGUGGCGCUGUGUGGACCUCGAGGCGCUGGGAGGUCGACGAUCUUUGCUCUUAUUGAAGGUUUCUAUGAUUUGACGUCUACGUCAGGGAAUUGUGGGCGUGUGAUGCUGGAUGGGGUCGAUAUUCGAGCUCUAGAUGUGUCGUGGCUACGUGCUCAAGUGGCUUUUGUGGGCUCCGAGCCCACGUUGUUCUUAGGUACGAUUGCAGAGAAUAUCGCGUAUGGGAUGGCAGCGCCACCGACAUUGGAGAUGAUCGUCAGUGCUGCUGAAGUCGCACACGCCCACGCCUUUGUAUCGAGUCUUCCAGAAGGUUAUGCGACGCGUGUAGGCGGCCAACUUCAGCUCACUCCUAGUCAGAGACAACGGAUCGCUCUCGCUCGCGCCGUACUGCAAGACGCUCGACUGUUGCUCUUGGAUGAACCUACACGCUCCCUAGGGGCUGAGAGCGAGAGGAUCGCAGUCCAACAAGCACUCGACACGAUCGUGGCCCAACGCGGCACGCACUCGGAGUUGUUCCAAGCUCAAGACGGCGCUUACGCCACACUUCUCCGCGAAAGUGUAGCGUCCUCUAGUGUCUACACGUUGAACACAGCAUAG